GACGGGCAGGACGAAGGCGACAGCGCCUGCAGGGUCGGGGAACGACUUCUUCCUGCGGAGCCGUGUCGAGGGAGGAAGAGGUCGAAGCUCAAGGGAACGCGACGGGACGAGACGAGGCGAGGCUCGAGAGAAGGGAGGUGCGCUGGAGAGGAGAGGAGCUCGAGAGAGGCCAUCGGGACGUGCAGAGCAGAGGCAGAGCAGAGCGGAACAGGCAGGGUCGGACGAAGCUUCGAACCGGAGGGACUCCCAAGAUUGAUCAGGCGAUCGAUCUGCGUGUUGGGAGUCUGACGAGGACGAGCGCCGGGAGGAAGAGUGGUGUGAGUUGGAGUUGUUGUUGUUGUAGUUGUUGUUGUUUGGGGACGCGUUUGGAGUUAGGGAGAGGAUGCGUGAGUAGGCCAAGUUGCUGACGAAGUCGCUCGUUUGGAGUCGGCAAAAUGCCGGUGGCAGCUUCGGCAAUCUACUUCUUGAAUCUCAGAGGAGAUGUCCUCAUCAAUCGGCUGUAUCGAGAUGAUGUCGGGGGGAACAUGGUUGAUGCUUUCCGAACACAUAUCAUGCAGACAAAGGACCUUGGUACCUGUCCGGUUCGGCAGAUAGGUGGAUGUUCUUUUCUGUACAUGCGCAUCAGCAAUGUAUAUAUUGUCACUGUGGUCAGCAGUAAUGCGAAUGCAGCUUGUGCAUUCAAGUUUGUCGUUGAGGCAGUUGCGCUUUUCAAGUCAUACUUUGGGGGCGCAUUUGAUGAAGAUGCCAUUCGAAAUAACUUUGUGCUUAUUUAUGAGCUUUUGGAUGAGAUUAUGGACUUUGGCUAUCCUCAAAAUCUAUCACCGGAAAUUCUUAAGCUUUAUAUUACACAAGAAGGAGUCCGUUCUCCGUUUUCCACGAAGCCUCAGGACAUGAGACCACCAGCAAAUGCCACUUUACAAGUUACUGGAGCUGUUGGAUGGCGGCGAGAGGGUCUUGUAUACAAGAAGAAUGAGGUCUUUUUGGACAUUGUCGAAAGCGUGAAUCUUCUUAUGUCUCAAAAAGGUAAUACAUUGCGUUGCGACGUUACUGGGAAGAUUCUCAUGAAGUGUUUUUUAUCGGGAAUGCCUGACUUGAAGCUGGGUCUCAAUGAUAAAAUUGGGCUGGAGAAAGAGGCACAGGCGAAGGCUCGACCUUCAAGAAGUGGCAAGACAAUUGAACUGGAUGAUGUCACAUUUCAUCAGUGUGUGAAUCUCACUCGGUUCAACACAGAGAAGACCGUCAGCUUUGUUCCUCCCGAUGGAGAGUUCGAACUAAUGAAAUAUCGUAUAACUGAGGGAAUCAAUCUUCCAUUUCGCGUUCUUCCUAGUAUCAAGGAACUUGGUCGUACUCGCAUGGAAGUUAAUGUGAAGGUGAAAAGUUUGUUCGGUGCCAAGAUGUUUGCCUUAGGGGUAGUUGUUAAGGUCCCAGUGCCGAAACACACUGCGAAAGCGAACUUCCAAGUUACCGCUGGUCGUGCAAAAUAUAACGCUGCGUUGGACUGCCUUGUUUGGAAGGUGAGGAAAUUCCCAGGAGGACAGACUGAGCUGACAAUGAGUGCCGAGGUUGAGCUUAUUUCAACAAUGGUGGAAAAGAAAUCAUGGACCCGGCCUCCAAUUCAGAUGGAAUUCCAGGUUCCAAUGUUCACAGCUUCUGGUCUAAGAGUGAGGUUUUUGAAGGUUUGGGAGAAGAGCGGAUACAGUACAGUUGAGUGGGUACGUUAUAUCACCAGAGCAGGAUCUUACGAGAUUCGUUGCUGAUACAUCUAAUCCAGGAUUACUUGGUAGGUUUAGAAUGAAAAAAGUACAUUUAGAGUAGGUACAAGCAUUCUUCGUGAGCUCAGCUCACCCUUGGACGUUUCUCUUUGUACAAGCUUGUGUUCCACCUCAAGUCAUGUCUUUUACACCGUAUGUGUAGCUGCAAGGGUAGCUAUAAUAAUGCACAACUAGGGGCGGGAACUUUGUAAAGGAUGCACAUGUAUUUUAACCAUGGCCUAGGGUUCUAAUUUUACAUCAUAAACACAAUCUGGAGCCGCUGGGUACUACAGAGCUGACUUCAUGCCUUCCACAUGGAUAGUUCACCGAGCGAUAUUUGGGCAGUCCAGGUACAAGCAGGUGUGGUGAACUAGCUUUCUGUAAGGGCCGUGUAUAAUUUUCUUAGUACCUACCGCCACGUAGAUACUGGGAGGGCAGACUUACAUGGUUAUUUCUUAUGUCUACAUCAGGUUUCACUGAUGGGAUUUAGUGUAGUUUAGGGUGUUCACUAACUUAUUUUUGUGACUUAAGUCACUUGAACUAGUCAGUAUGUGUUCAUCCGAAUUCAUAUGUUGUUGCAAUGCUACUUCUUGAAUCUACUUGCCUGAAGGUCUGGAAUUGUGCAUUUAAUACAUCCGCUAAUCGCGCAACUG